AUGUAUGCCCAUCAAUUGAUAUGUUUAAUUGCCGGAGGUUUUUUAAAUAUUGGUUGCGAUACUCUCAUCUGUGGAUUAUUGGUUCACAUUUGCUGUCAAAUUGAAAUAUUGACUUAUCGUUUGAAAAAUAUUGUAUCUUAUUCAAAUGUACUUCGCGAUUGUGUAUAUCAACAUUAUCAUAUCUUCAGACUUGCGUUUAUUGUAAAUGCGAAAUUUAGGUUAACUAUUGCUAUUCAAUUUGUAACUAGUACGUUGGUGGUUUGCUUCAGUCUUUAUCAAUUGAGUACAGCAACAACAAAAGCCAAAUAUAUUGAGAUGAUAUUAUAUAUAUCUUGCAUGUUAACAGAAAUAUUCUUCUAUUGCUGGUAUGGUAACGAAUUAAAAAUAAAGUUACUUAAGACGUCGUAUUCCACAUACAACUUACUUCAACAAAUACGGCAAUAACUGUAUAAGAAGCUAAUAGAAUUAAUGUACUCAUAUCAAACAAGAUAAAAUUAUGGAAGCAGCAGGAAGUAAAGAAAAAUGAUAUACGCAAUUAGUAACAUAAUUAGUAUUUAACGUUUCUCCAUUACAUAUAUUGUUAUAAAAAAUAGAUUACCUAAAUAUAUAAUUUAUUC